AUGAACAGUGGUGAUAACGUUCUUGUAUUGCUGCAGUUGGGUCGGAUUGUGACAUACCCGUUAUGGCUGAUCUACAGCGCCUUCCUAAGGGUUUUUGGGAAUCCCCGUCCUGCAAUUACUCUGAAGGAUCCUGAAGUGAAGUAUGCAUUGAGGCUGAUUGAUAAAGAGGAGGUUAGUCACGACACAAGAAGAUUUCGCUUUGCUCUUCCUUCUGUAGAUCAUGUUCUGGGUCUCCCUAUAGGACAGCAUAUCUACUUGUCAGCACGGAUAGAUGGGGCUCUGGUUGUUAGACCAUACACUCCUGUAUCCAGUGAUGAUGACAAGGGCUUUGUGGAUCUUGUUGUCAAGAUUUACUUCAAAGGUGUCCAUCCAAAGUUCCCUGAAGGAGGGAAGAUGUCUCAGUACUUAGACAGCCUGAAAAUAGGGGAUACUAUUGACUUCAGAGGACCAAGUGGCCUGCUUGUCUACAAGGGAAAAGGCCAGUUUGCUAUUCGACCUGAAAAGAAAGCUGAACCAGUUCUAAAAAAAGUGAAAUAUGUGGGGAUGAUCGCAGGUGGGACUGGGAUAACACCUAUGCUGCAGAUCAUUCGAGCGAUCAUGAAAGACAAAGAUGACCACACCGUUUGUCAGCUGCUGUUUGCUAAUCAGACUGAGAAGGAUAUCCUGUUACGUUCCGAACUCGAGGAGAUCCAGGUUCAGAAUCCCAGUCGAUUUAAGCUGUGGUAUACGCUGGACAGGGCACCUGAAAAUUGGGAAUACAGCCAAGGAUUUGUGAACCAAGAGAUGAUCAGAGAUCACCUGCCCCCGCCUCAAGAUGAUGUUCUGAUCCUUAUGUGUGGCCCUCCUCCAAUGAUCCAGUAUGCUUGCAUUCCCAACUUGGACAAACUGGGGUACACCAAGGAGAUGAGGUUCUCCUUCUAAAGAAGACUGAUAAUUCAGUGAUCUUGUGCGUAAGGGAAGAAAAAACAUUUUAUGGGGAACAAGACAAAGUUAUACAAGUGGUUGAUGCGCAGUGCUGAGAAGCUACAUUUAGGUUAAAAUUGCUUCAGUUUUUCUAAAUCUCUGGCAAGUAAGACACUCAAGCCUAACUGUUCUCAAAUUGUACUCUGUUUUGCACAGAAACAACUGUAUUGCAGAAAGGCAGUGAUGCCUAUUGCUCAGUUACAUUGUACUUGCCAUGGCUGUCCUAUGGAAAGAUUAUAUUCCAUCUCAAGGAAGGGAGGUAUGGCUUCUUAGGACGCUGAACACUGGUUUAUACUUUAUUAGCACUGUAGUCAAAUGGCAGUGAUAUCCUGCUUCCCAACGCUGUGCAUACCCAGUAUUUUCCUUGGAAUGAAGUAUAAAAUUAUAUGGAAUGUGCUGGAUUAUUUAUCUUGCUUAUGCCAAACUUUAAUCAUUACAGAGCUUUUACACCAUGAAGGCCAGGAGUGUUUGCCUUCUAUGCAUAAUCUUUGCAACAUCAGAAGCUUCAAAGAUGACUAUUCAGUUGGCAGAUGGCGAUUAACUGUUUAUGACCGAAGUCAUGCAAUUUACCAUGUUAAUCAAAAUAGAGAGGUAGACAUCAAUACAAAAUUUGUUUCCUGUGUAUUUUAGAAUGGCCUCUCUUUGGUGCACUGUUCCAGCUGUCCACUUUGAGAAGCCAUUCCCUUUCCCAGGCAAUGAAAGGAACUAUGGAAAGCAGAAGGCUUUAUUCGCUGUUCCCCAAGUAGCUGGGAAUCUUUGCUUGUACGUGUUUUGAAUACUGCAAAAAAUACUAACAACUUCGGUAUUUACUUUUAAAUAGCAGAAGGUGCUGUAGGAGUACAAAAGCAGUUCUACGUGUCCCGUGCAGGAAAAAUGUCUGGGUGACAACGGGGUCUGUCCAUUUGGUUUCCUGUUACCCAUAGAUUAGUUUGGAACAAGAGGAGCUCAGCACUCGUCGCUAGAGUGGGUUUCAGUAGGUAGUCCAACUUUGGAUGUGGUGAGCAGGAGCCUGCAUCUCACCUGCAUCUGCAUAACUUGCUCAGGCAAAACUCCAAAUCAUUUGCUUGAAAAGGAUGCAUGGGAAAAGCCUUAAGUCACCUAACUGACAGCAAACUCAAAUGACUCAUUGAAUCUAAAACUGUUUCUUAGAUGCUGUUUAUUAUAGCUCUCAUUUAUUUUUUUAAUUUUCUUUUUUUUUUUACAGCAGCUUUUUACCUAAUCUGCAGUAAACUUAAAGCAUCUUGACUGCAGAAUUUUCUGCUUCCAAACAACAGAGAUGCAACUGAGAUUAAAGCUGUCCUGCAAGGAAUCUGUGAAACUAAAAAUCUUGUUCUGGUGAUGGAAAACAGAGCGAUUUGAAAGGAUGUUUAGUGAAAUGCAAAGUAAUGUGGAUGCUAGUUAGCUACAAGUAUCAGUGUAUAAUAUCAUUUUUUUUGAAGAUUCGGGUAGGUAUUUUGAAGCUGUAACUUGCCAUGUUUCCUUUUGGGCUUGUACAACAGAUGGGUAUUAUGGAUUAAACGGUUAAUUUUCAGUGUGAAUUAAAUGGAGAAAGAGAUAUUAUGGUUUAUUUAAGGAACUUGGAAUGGAUAACGCUAUUAUUAAACUUAUUUUAUUAAUUAGA